AUGAAUGAAUUUACUAGAAAAAUCGAUUGUCUAAUAGAACGUCUUCAUCGUGGAACAGAACAAUGUGAUCAUAUUGAACAACGAGCUUGUCUUGCUGAAGAACGUUUAUUCAUACUUAAUGAAUCUAUUCAAACACUUGCUCGUGUAAUUGACGUUAGUUAUUUAAUACUUAUCUCAUUGGAUAAAGAAAAAUUUACAUGGUUAAAAUUAAUUAAUAAUGAAAAUCUUGAUUUAACAAAUCCAAUAGCUAAACAAUUCUUCUAUCGUCUUGAAUUAUAUUUAAGACGAACAAUUAUCGAUGAUAAUGAGAAACGAGCAUAUAUUCAAGCUUUAUAUCUUUUGCAAUCACCAUUCAUUGUAUCAUCUGGUUUUUUUUUCAAACAUGAAAGAAGAAAAAAAAAAGAAUAA